AUGCUCGUGGCCAAAUCUAGAGAUAAAGUUGCAAAGGAUAUUUCGAGAGAUUCAGCCUCAACCCCCACACGUUCACAGCGGUUCAUGUGCUCCAAGCAUUAUGCAAGCCUUAUGAUCAGGCUGAAGAUGAAAUCCUCCACACAGAAUUCAACCAGCUUCGGUAGCCUUUUAACCCACCAUACCCGUAACAUGUUCUCUACGACUUUGACCGAUCGUAUAGCUCCAAUGGUCGUCGGCAAUUCCGGUUAUUCCGUUAUUCCCUACCAUGCAGAUCUUGACCAAUUUAAAAGUUAUCGAUGCCUGAACCAGAGCGUCGGAUUUGAUGAUAUAAGGCGGCUAAGAUCUAAGAAAACUCCGAAGCCAUCAUCAUCCGAAAGAAAGAAGCGGAGAUGCUACUGCAGGAAGCUCGAUAGCAAUACCAAAAUUGGAAGGGUUGGGAUCGGAGGAAAGAGCAAGAAAGGAAUAGCAUCUCCAUAUCAAUGUCGCGCCUAUUAA